UGACGUCAUACAGAGUGCGCCCGUUCUCGCUGUGAAUAGAACGAGUUUUUCUUCGGAGUACAAGUUGAAGAACAAAGAUAUACUUUUCUGUUAUGUCAGGUCUGUUCCUGUAUUUUACGCUAAACAAACAUCAUAUCAGACAAUCUUCAGUAAUGCUAUGUCCUCCCCAAUUCAUCUAUAAAUACUGCAGACAUCACGUCUGCCGUCACAACACAUCGUACUUCUAUACUAUUCUGGCCCGCAGUUGUGGAUUAUGGUGUGUGAUUCACAACGAGAGCUGAGGAUACUGAGGAACAAAGGGGUGAAGACCACAACUAAAUGAUGGAUGAACAUAUGACCCUACGUCCCUAAGAGUUUUGUCAGUAAAGGCUCUAUUGCUGCCCUCAGUAUGGAAACAAACGUUUAGUAAGUCACACCGCUGAAUGGCCCUUCACAUGCGCUCCGUGUGGUAAAAGGUUUUUACAAAAAGGAUAGCGUCCCAUCUAAAAUGCAUUCAGAGAGACACAUACGAGUUCACACUGCAGAGAGACCUUUUGUGUGCCCUCAGUGUGAUAAGACUUUUACACAACGAAGACAUCUUAUGUCUCAUUUACGAACUCAUACAGACGUGAGGCCUUUCUCGUGCCCUCAGUGUGAAAAAUGUUUUAAACAAAAAAGAAAUCUUAACUCUCAUUUACAAAUUCAUACAGAUGACAGGCCUUUCCCAUGCCCUCGGUGUGAAAGGAGUUUCAGACGUGAAAGUCAUCUUAGUCACCAUUUAAUAACUCACACGGGCCAAAAGCCUUUCUUGUGCCCUCAGUGUGAUAAGAGUUACACAAAACAAGGACAUCUUAAGGAUCACAUACGAAUUCAUACGGGAGAAAAGCCUUUCUCCUGCCCUCAGUGUGAUAAACGUUUUUCAAAACAAGGACAUCUUAAGGAUCACAUACGAAUUCAUACAGGAGAAAAGCCUUACUCAUGCCAUCUGUGUGAAAAGAGUUUUACACAUAAGCAAAGCCUUAAGUUUCAUAUGGAUCGUCACACAGCCUUUAAUCUGCUCUCAACCAUCAAGCUUUACGACAUGGAGAGGCGAAACCUGACAAAGAAACGGAAUUUUUCCGAACUGGAGAUUGAGACGCUAACGACACAAGUUGGAAACCACAGCCUUGUACUAUUCGGGAGUUUAAAGAGUGGUAUCAAAGGAGGUCACAAGAAAGCAAUUUGGAAGAAAAUCACUGAUGUGGUAAACAGUGUUGGCAUAGAGAGCCGAACACCAGCUGAGGUAAAGAAAAAAUGGUCAGACUUGAAGCUCGCUACCAAAAAGCGUGUUGCAGUCCUGAAGCGCAGUACGGAGACUGGAGGAGGCCAGCCAGACUCCAGCCUUGUUCUGAUGCCGAUCGAAGAACGCAUAGCUGCGAUCAUCGGCUUGGCUUCUGUCUCUGGGAUAAGUGGCGGAAGAGACACAGACGCAUCAGUUUCCGAGCAGGAUGAAGCGCUCUAUAGCUGCCUUCAGUGUGGAAACACUCACAGGAACAUUUAUUCAGUCACACUGCUGAGAGGCCCUUCACAUGCCCUCUGUGUGGUAAACGUUUUUUACAAAAAGGAUAGCGUCCCAUCUAAAAUGCAUUCAGAGAGACGCAUACGAGUUCACACUGGAGAGAGACCUUUUGCGUGCCCUCAGUGUGAUAAGACUUUUACACAACGAGGACAUUUUAACUAUCACAUACGGAUUCAUACAGGUGAGAAGCCUUUCUCAUGCCCUCAGUGUGAAAAAUGUUUUGCACAAAAAAGAAAUCUUAGGGAUCAUAUACGAAUUCAUACAGGUGAGAGGCCUUUCCCAUGCCCUCGGUGUGGAAAGAGUUUCAAACGUGAAAGUAAUCUUAGGGAUCACAUACGAAUUCAUACAGGAGAAAAGCCUUUCUCGUGCCACCUGUGUGAAAGGAGUUUUACACAUAAGCAAAGCCUUAGUUAUCAUACGAGUCAUCAUCACACAAGUGAAGGGCCUUAAACCUGCCCAAGUUUCAGACAAACACACAACUCACAACAGACUCACAAAGAAAAGUGCUGAACAAAGACCGACUUCAGCCUUUAGGUCCAAGCAUGUGUUUUUUAAUAACUCCAAAUAAUAUUGAUUGGUGAAGUUUGCAUUUUAUUUGUUAAUGAAUGUUCGUUCAGGAUGUUUGCAUAUAAAUGUAUUGAAAAGUGUCAUGUUUGUACCUUUUGUUUUUAGAUCUUUCAUUUUUGUUUACAGGUUAUUAUUAGCUUUUCAGAUUAAUAGGAUACAUGUGUGUUCCAGAAUUUAAAAUACUUAUAGAAUUCUUUAUUCUAUCUUUGUUUUAAGUAGCUUUAAGUAGUUUUUUAUGUCAGUUUAUAUCAUUCAUUUACAUUUUUGUAAAUGUUUUAAUAAAUAAUGCUAGUUGUUUUAACUAUAUAUUUUUAUUUGUGUUGUCCACUUGAUUGAUAGAUUUGAGGUAUUAGUAAUGAGUCCCCUUUUGUUUCAUUUAUAAGUGUUAUUAGUGGCUACUUUGUCUGAAAGGUUUCAAGAUAUCAUAGUAUUCAUAUGUUGGCAGCAUUUGAUUCUGAAUACUACCUUAAUGGUGUAUGCUUUUUAUGUAGUUUAAUUUUAUUAAUUGAUAAAUAAGUUGUUGUAAAGAAAAAGAUUGAGACAUAUGUGGCACUCAUGUAAAAUAAAUUAAUUUUGUCGCAAAUGGAAGAUUUAGCAAGGGAUCAUUUUAAUUGUAUUUGUGAAGAUAAAAUACUGUAUCCACUAAUAUAAUUUUAAAUGAUUAGUUACAUUAAACUAAACGUUUUUUAAUUUUACCUAUAAGGCCUACAUUUAACUAAUCUCUGCAGAAAUUAUGAUUGGUGAUAGUUUGGUAAGACGUUAAAUAACUAAGAAUAUAAAAUAAAUAAAUGUUUUCUUUUUAUUCGAUGUCGCAUGUGAUGUGUGUGCAGCUUGUUAUUUCUGAAUAUUUUCGGAAAGAACUUUUAUUUUGCUUCUCGUCGCUUGGUUUGUUAUGAUGACGUCAUACAUAGUGCGCUGUGUCGAGGGAAGUUUUAGCAAUGAAUGAAAGAUUUUUUCCAUCUGAAUACGAGUUGAACAACUAAGCGAUUACUUUUCAGUUCUUUCAGGUCUGUUCCUGUAGUCCUUUACGUGAAACAAACAUCAUAUCACAUAAUUAUUAUGGAAGUUAUUUCCACUUCAAUUUAUCUAUAAAUGCUACCGCCACAGCACAUUCUACUAUUCCAACCUGUGUUGUAAUGAUGGAGUGUGUUAAAGAGGAGAGUGAUGAAGAAUCAUACACAAUGACAGAUGAAGAUACUGAGGAAGAGAGAGGAGUGAAAGAAGACCACAAUGAAAUGGAGGAGGAACAUAAAUAUCACAAUUUCAGAACUGAAGCAUAUUUUUCAAUCUCUCAAACUGAUGAGAAUUCUCCUCAAAAAAGAGCGAAAGCCCUCCAAAAAUUUCCAUGCCAUAUUUGUGGCAAGACUUUUACGAGAAAGACAAAUCUCAAAAAUCACAUAGGGGUCCACACUGAUGAAAGACCCUUCACAUGCCCUCAGUGCGAGAAGACUUUUGUCAGUAAAAUGUAUCUUAACGCUCACGUAAAGCAUCACAGUAGUGAAAGGCCCUAUAGCUGUCCUCAUUGUGGAAAGACUUACAAAGGCAAAGGGCACCUUAAGACACAUUUAAUUUCUCAUUCUGGUAAGAGGCUCUUCAGAUGCCCUCAGUGUAAUAUGAAAUUUUCACAAAGAUCAGCUCUUGAUAUCCACAAAAAGACUCACGCAACAGAGCGGCCAUACACCUGCCCACAGUGUGAAAAGAGUUUUACAUGUAAGCAAAGCUUUAGUUUUCAUAUAUUAAGUCAUGCUGGUGAUGGGCCCUAUACCUGCUCUCAAUGUGAUAAGAGCUUCCCAUCUAAAAUGCAUUUAAGGAGUCACAUGCGUGUUCACACUGGAGAGAAAGCUUUCGAGUGCCCUCACUGUGAGAAGAGUUUUAAACAACGAGUUCAUCUUAAGUCUCACAUACAAAUUCAUACAGGCGAGAGGCCCUUCUCGUGCCCUCACUGUGGAAAGAGGUUCAGACGUAAAGGUGAUCUUGGGUCUCAUUUGAUAACUCACACCGGCCAAAAGCCUUUCUCAUGUCCUCAGUGUGAAAAGAGUUUCACAUACAAACAAAGCCUUAAUAUUCAUGUAAAAAGUCACAAUAGUGUUGGGCAUUACACCUGCCCUCAAUGUGGAAAAACGUACACAUGUAAAUGGAAUCUCAAGGAACAUAUAAUAGCUCACACUGGCCAAAAGCCGUUCUCAUGCCCUCAAUGUGAAAAGAGUUUCAAACGUAAGGCAGGCCUUAAUAUUCACAUAAGAAGUCACACUAGUGUUGGGCGUUACACCUGCCCUCACUGUAAUAAGAGUUUCACAUCUCAAAUAAAUUUAGAUUGUCAUAUGCGAGAUCACACUCGAGAGAGACCUUUUGCAUGCCCUCACUGUGAUAAGAGAUUUAAACAACAAGGACAUCUUAAACAUCACAUACGGAUUCAUACAGGUGAGAAGCCUUUCCCAUGUCCUCAGUGUGGAAAGAGUUUUAGACGUCAAAGUCAUCUUAGGGAACAUAUAAUGACUCACACUGGCCAAAAGCCUUUCUCGUGCCCUCAGUGUGGAAAGAGUUUCACACGUAAGCGAAACCUUAAUAUUCACGAGAGUCGUCACACUAGUGAUGAAUUAACAGUUUCCCAUUGAAAUGACAUCGAGAGAGUCACAUACGAGUUCACACUGGAGUGAACCCAUUCAAGUGCCCUCGGUGUGAUAAGAGUUUUACCCAACAAGGAUACAGGAGAGAGGUCUUCGCCACUGCCAUACCUGUAGGAGUUUCAGACAAACACACAACUGAUUCACAAAUCUUUUUUUUUCAGGACAUUUACAUGAAGAUUACUAGAUUGAAAAAUGUAAAGUUAUGUUAUAUCGUUUUUAUUUUUUAUGGUAUAUUUCUUUUUGGAGUAGAUAUUCUUGCGCGUGCAAUACUACCAAUACUUGUGCUGACAUACUGCUACUAGAGUUUUGUUAUGGCUUAUCCGAUGAGGAUUUGUUUUUUGUAGCUCAUUAUUGUGGCAGUUUAUAUCAUUCAUUUUAAUUUUUGUAAAUGUUUUAAUAAAGCUGU